GGAGGGAGAGAGAUGACAACAGCUGACGAUUUGACAAUAGAGCAGCUUUGCUCAGCAGUCUGCAGCUUAGAGAAAUGUCAUUACUGGGAAUCUGACAGUGCAGUUCCUGCAUAAUGUGAGCCAGCUAGUACUGACCCCACAGGGAUUACACAGGUCAGGGGUCACACACAUUGACAACAAUGACAUACAACCAUAUGCUUCAUAUUUUUUUUCAUUAUUUCAGCAACACCUGCACACACCGCAUUGGUGGUGCCUUUUGUAAUACCCAUAUUGCAUUUGAAGAUGUGUUAUGAGCAGUCAUUGGCUCCUUAUAGCAGCCUAUACAAAUAUGAUAAUUCCUUUAAUAUAUUCAUAAUGCAUUACACAUAGAUGGUGUUACRAUUAUCUUUGACUACAUGUCGAAUUGUCUUACAAAGAGAAUAGCUUAAGAAAUUCAUCACUGUAUGAAAACAAACUAAACAUUCAUUGCUUUUACACYAUGAGUUGGAGUGCACUGCUAAUCAUCCUACUUUGGUGUUUAUCACAGAAAAUGAAAAUWUGGACCCAUAUAAUACCACCCACACAGUAAUGAACACCGAUAGCCAUCAUCGCUCAGCCCCAGACUAUCGGCCAGCCAAGUCAUUGCAGACCCAUGCUCCGCCCCAGACCCACACGUACCGGCCAAUGACCAAGAGUGUGUCUGACAACGGCACGUGCAAUGUCUUCAGGAACACAAAUUCCUUAACCUCGACCUCACCCAUGCCCCCCACACCCCCUCCCAUACUCUCWUCGGCACAUGUUCGAGAAAGGGAGCGCGAGAGGGACAGAGGCACAAUAGACAGAGGCACGGUAGACAAAAACCAAUAUGGACCCCCUGACAGAAAGUGACACCAGG